GAGCCCCUCCCUGAUCCCAGCAUGCACCGGGCAGUAGGUCCGGUCUUUCGGGUGGUCAGGAAGAUGGCGGCCUCCAGGGCGGAGCCGCAGGUCCUGGUACAAUACUUGGUGUUACGAAAGGAUCUAUCACAGGCUCCGUUCUCCUGGCCGGCGGGCGCAUUGGUAGCGCAGGCUUGUCACGCAGCCACUGCGGCCUUGCAUAUUCACCGCGACCACUCGGACACUGCCGCUUACCUCCAAGAGCUGGGGCGCAUGCGCAAAGUGGUCCUCGAGGCCCCAGAUGAGACCACCCUGAAGGAGCUGGCUGAGACCCUGCAACAGAAGAACAUCGACCACGUACUGUGGCUUGAGCAGCCAGAGAAUAUCCCUACUUGCAUUGCACUGCGGCCCUACCCCAAGGAAGAAGUGAGCCAGUAUUUGAAGAAGUUCCGAUUGUUCAAAUGACUGUGGCUUUGAUAUAUUUGUAUAUCAGCAGGAUCCAGAAGCAGCAUGCCAUUCACCCCUAAGCAUCGUACUCCUUUCAGCGUCAGCUUGCUCCUCCCUUUCAGUGGUAAUGGCUUCUUGGGGGUCAAACACGUGUUCAUAUUAAAGUUGUCAUUAA